AUGAAACAAGUCUUCCACAAGGUGAACAAGAUCGCGUGUGAAGCACGCAAGCUGCUCGAGUCCCAAAUGGUGGUGCUGGAGUACCGUACGGUGGAGGCUGAGGAACCAGCCCCAGGAAGCCCUGCAGCUUCAGAGCAGGUGCUGUAUGGGCAUGUUGGCCAUGUGAACUUCAGCACCUGGCACCAUGUCCUGCUACGUUUGACAGCUGACAUGCAGGAACUAGGAUUGCCGUCUGAACUUUCUGAGUCGACCGGGGCACUGCAAGUCGGAGCGGUUCCGGCAGAGGCUGCAGGCAAUGCACUCGGCGCUUUCAGCGAUCUCCAGUUCUACAAGCAGCUGGACCUGAAACGUGCCUGGGAAGUCAGACCACAUGUGAUAUCUGUGAUGGACAACCACUGGCAUUCCUUGGAUUCGUCGGCCAGUCCUGUUCCUUUGCUCCCACUGGCUUUUGAUUCUGAUGCGAACAUUGCGCAGUACUGCUCCUGGCUUGGGUCUGAAGCCGAAAAGGCUAUCAGAAGCCAAGAUGCCGAGGCCAAGACAGCCAACAGAAAACAGUCAGGCAAGAAAAGAGGGCCGAGAACACCAGCCUCCAAGCCGCCUGGCAAGCGUCUGCGAACCAAGACAUCGGCUGCCGAUGCCGUUGCAUCUGCUUUGCCUGGCCCUCGUCCAGCUGACGCCGAAGCAGAUGCAGCAAGAGACGAAGGUGAUCUUGAUGAUGGCAGAGGAGUGGGCCCGGUGGACUUUGGUGAGCCGGCUGGGGAUCAAGGUUUGGCUGCUUCAGAACCUGCAGGGGUGCUAGAGCUAGAGCCCGACAACCCGUACUUGGAGCCAUUGCAGGAUCUGCUCCUGGAUCCAGACGGGGAACCUGUUGCUGCAGAGGUCGAAGAGCACUUAGAGAAGUCCUCCCUUGGAUCUGUAGAGUCCGAUAUAGCAGCGUCAGAGCUGAGUUUGGGUGAGGCCCAAGCCGACUUGCCAGAAGAUGGUGGCGAUCAAGAUCUGUUACUGGAGCUGGAACAGGAAUUCCAGGCUGAAAAGGAAGUUCGGCCCAGAGCCGAUGCUGGAGAUGUUGGCUUGGAUCUGUUGGAUGCUCCGGUUGGCCUGCCUGCAAGGGCUGCUCCUGGCCCCAGGGCUGAACCUUCUGAUGAAGCAAGGGCCCCUGCCCAGCCAAGGCGGCCAAGAGUGGAAGCUGAUAGGGAAGAGUUCCGGCUCGGGGAUUAUGGAGUCAUUCGCUUCAACAGACACUCUAAAACCUUGUUUGCAAUUUGCCCACGGCAUGCGAAGUGCCAAAUGGAAAGGACCUGCAGGCCUACAGUGCGAGACAUCAAAUCCGCAAGUGUUCUAGCUGGGCAGGGCCGCCCAGUCGGGCUGCUGAUGAAUUGGUUGGCAUCUGCACAGGAGUUCGAUUCCCAGCAGAGGCAUGUGCACAGAUUCGUGCAUACAUUCUCCUCUCGGCAGGAGUCGCGGCAGCUGUUCCAAACCUUCGAAGGAGCAGCUGCAUUUGCAGCAGCUGCCGAACGUGAAAGACGGGAGGACGAGGAGGAGGAACCGAGGCGCAUUUUGUGA